GAGAGUUAAAAUUAUCGUUAAAAUAAGAAUAUCGUCAAGAAAAAAGUCGCGGCAAAAGUUUCCUUGAUCGCGAAGUGACCUAAAAUGUUCAUCAACUUGUGUAAAUGGAAAGCGGAUCAGUGAAUAUCACGUGCACAGGAAUUUAUGCGGCCAAAAACAACUCAGGAGAGCCAAGAAAAUUCCCAAUUCGCAAGAUAGUUUUUGACAGAAAAUUGUGCCUCAACGGAAAUUGAAUUGUGGAAAGUGGUGUAGAUAAUCGAGUGACCCAAAAUAUAUCGUGAACAGAUAAUGGCUGCAGUAAUUAUGGCGUCUGAUGGUGGUUAUGAUCCAGUUAUCUCUAAACUUAUAACAUCGCUUAAGGAGACGGACAACUUAUCUGAUGAACAGGAUCUUGGCUUCCUUCAGAAUUUGUUGCAAUCGAAAGAAUUGAACGCGCUCGUCAACGUACAUAGCAAAGUGGCCAAAAUCAACAAAGAUGAUCGAAUAGCGCCAUUACUGUCUGCGUCUAUGCAGGUUCUAAUGGAGGUUUUGGAAUUGUUAGCUCCAAGGUGCCAUAUUUCACCACUCUGCAAAGAAAUAUUUCACCUACUACAAACACCUCACUUACAGAGUGUUCUACUAGCACAUGACGCAAUCGCGCAAAAAGACUUCUAUCCUCAUCUACCAGAUAUUCCGAUAGAAGUUGACGAAGACGAGGAAACCAUAAAAAUUGUUCAACUAGUCAAAAGUAAUGAACCGUUGUGUGCUGGAGCACAAAGUGCGGAACCAAUUGUUGGGGCAACAAUUAAAACGGACGAAGAAACUGGUAAAAUAAUCAUUGCGCGAAUAAUGCACGGCGGGGCAGCUGAUCGUUCGGGAUUAAUUCAUGUUGGUGAUGAAGUGAUCGAAGUGAACAAUAUUAACGUGGAAGGCAAAACCCCUAGUGACGUGCUAUCAAUUUUGCAAAACUCGGAGGGUACUAUAACUUUUAAGUUGGUACCAUCAGACGGAAAGUUGGACCAACGUGAAAGUAAAGUUAGAGUAAGAGCAUACUUCAAUUACGAACCGGACGGCGAUCCGUAUAUACCAUGUAAAGAAGCCGGCUUGGGUUUCCAACGAGGAGACAUUCUGCAUAUAGUUUCACAGGACGAUUCAUACUGGUGGCAAGCACGCAAGGAAGGUGAAAAAACAACUCGCGCAGGAUUGAUACCUAGCAGAGCGUUGCAAGAACGGCGUAUAUUGCAUGACCGAACCCAGAAAGAACCGAACGGCGAUACAAAAAAAGGUUCAUGCGCUUCUAUUUGUUCAACACCUCCCGGAUCACCCAAUUCGAAUAACCCAUGUAGAGGGCCCAAAACUAAGAAGAUUAUGUACGAUACAGCCGAAAACGAUGAUUUCGACCGAGAAAUGAUUGCAACCUAUGAAGAGGUAGCGAAGCUUUACCCUCGUCCAGGCGUCUUUCGUCCUAUCGUCCUGAUCGGCGCCCCCGGCGUUGGGAAGAACGAACUGAAGCGGCGGCUCGUUGCCAGAGAUCCCGAAAAAUAUAAAAGCCCCGUACCAUACACUACUCGCCCUAUGCGUCCCGGGGAAGUGGCUGGUAGAGAGUAUUUGUUCGUUACACGGGAUAAAAUGGAAACCGAUAUUGCGGCCGGCAAAUUCAUUGAGCAUGGUGAAUACAAAGGACAUCUAUACGGGACCGCAUCGGAAAGUGUGAAGGCAAUCGUUAAUGCCGGGUGUGUGUGUAUAUUAGGCCCACAUUAUCAAGCCUUGAAAUCACUGCGAACAGUUCAGCUUAAGCCGUAUAUUAUCCAUAUUAGACCGCCGCCGUUUGAAGAGCUCAAAAAAACACGUACGAAAGCCCGCGCGCGCUCUACUUUUGAUGAAACCAAUUCAAGAGGAUUCUCGGAUGAAGAGUUCAACGAGAUGAUCCGAUCAGAUGAAAGGAUAAACUUCCUCUACGGACACUUUUGUGACGAUGAAAUCGAAAAUUGCGAGUUAACAGAAGCUUUCGAAAAGCUCGUUACUCUGGCGAACAAAUGCGAGUCAGAACCGCUAUGGGCACCAGCGAGUUGGGUACAGUGAAACUAAAGAUAAACGUGAAUCUUUGCAAUCUUUAAUGGUUUUUUAUAGAAUGAAACACCUGUCAAAUAAAAUGCAUAAUUUUUAAGUUAACCUGUUAACAAAGACAAUCCUUGUCGUGUAAGGAUUUCUUAUAGAUUGAGUUUCUUCGCCGUAGUUCAAUGCUAUGUUGCCAGAAUUGUAUCCAACUGUGUUUUUGAAAAUUUAUCUGCUUAAAUAUUGUGCAAUGUGGAUCCGUUUUCUUAGCUUCAAUAAAAUAUUAGUUCUUACAAGUUAACUUCCAUUAUAUUUUAUUGUGUUAUUGUCAGUUGAUUUUAUCGCAACAUCAAUAAAUAUUUUUUUAAAUUGCCGGAAAUUGUACGCUACUUAACGUCUUAAAAAGACAAAUGUUGAUUCCGGCAAAAUUAAAAUGCACAUUAAUUUUCGCAAAUAAGGUGCUGUGUGGAAUGAUAAACUUGAAAAAUUGGUACUACGAACAUAGAAACAAUGAAGAAGGCCAGUUUUCAUAGAGGUUGAAUAUAAACGCAAAUUGACAAUUAUCCAUCACAGUAGAUUCUACAGAAAUGCAUGAGUUAUGAGCCCUCUUUCCACGGCAACAGCACUAAUGUCUUUCGUAAAAGUGUAGAAACAAAGAGAGUAAUUUAAAUUCAGAUCUAACUGCUUGCUAAAACAUUUCGAAUCGUUCUCCACAUCCACACUAGACAUAAUUUGAGCACUAGUUUGCAAAACUAUCAUUGAUUUUAUCAGUUUGCCGGCUGUGUGUGCCUUAGUAAUUCUUCAAUAUGUCGCGAUCGUCUCGGCACAACACAUUUAUCAUAGUUUCUGCCAAACAGCCCAAAACGGCUCAUACAGUUUGUAUUUAAAACUGUUGUUUACUGAUGCAGUGUGCUGUGAUCGUCUAAACAUGAAAGUGGCGAAAAGUGUUAAAGUUGCGUGUUUCCAGAAACUCUACUGCGAGUUGUGUCCAAUCUGGACGCGGAGCAAAAAAAAAAUAUUGAAAAGCUUUAAAAAAAACUAAAUCUAACAAAGUAGGGGUUCCACCAUGAAAACUAACAGAAACAGAGUCUGUAGAAAAAUUUUGCUGUGCAACAAGAGUUAUUAUUAUUUAGGCAACAACCGCUGCUGGGCGGUCUCAACUUGCACCAGAGACAAUGUUAAUCUCUGAUGCUCUCUGUAACAGAUCUGUUUUACGGGCGGGGUUGUUGUUAAUUUGUUUUUCUUUAUGCUUAUUAGAAUGCACAGAGUACAGCAGAGCUAAAGCAUCAUGUUACAGUUCUGCACUGAAGUUGAUGCAUCAGGGUUUUAUACGUCUUUCGUAUAAAAUCCAAUGAUUCGAUGCAGCGUAAAUGCACCGAACGGACGAGCCGACAACAAACAACAAUUGCUUCUUCUUAUUGGACAACAACCACUGAGUGGUCUUAGCAACAAUUCCGUACACUCCCUUUAGUUAGUUUCCUUAUGGAUCAAUAUUAUUUUCACCAUUGUCUUAAAAUAUCAAACAAAAUUAAUCUUGCAUUAUCUUUUUUGCCUUAACAUAAAACAUAACAUCAAACUAUGGCGAGAACAUAAUCUAUCGUUAUGCAAGAUUAAACCAUGGUUAUAUGUGUAGGUUAAGAUGAUCAGUUAGCCUAAACAUUUGUCCAGAUCCAAAUACAUUACCUUUAUACCAAAGAAUUCCAUCCUUGCCAACGUGCAAAACAAACAAAGCGAAAACAAGGUCUAAUUGAGAUGCAAGUAUAACAAGCUCUAUGGUAAUCCAAAUGCUAACAACAUUCGUUAUUCGUCUCUUCAAAAAGCUAGACAAUAUUAACAUUAUGAACAAAAAGCACUAGUUAAACGCUUUGGCUGCAGAAAUUAGUAGAACACCAACUAAAGCAGCGUUUUAUUUGAUUGAAUUGAUGAGCUCUAGUUAGGUUGAUUGUGGUGAUCGCAAAGGCCAGCCAGCAUCGAACAGCUGACCAGUAACAUCAGGGCAUAAAGUUGUUUAUUUUCAUUGCACACUGCUUCACAAUAUUUGGCAGAAAACUCGCUCCGACUUAGAUCACAUUUAGUAUUAUCUAUCAAUGUUUAAUCUUUUAAAAAUAUUUGGAAAACUUCUGUAUACAAUUAUCUAAAGUUUUCCUUUCUUAAUGAGAGCAACUAGUGUCAAUAUAAACAAUACUUUGGUUAUUGCUAAUAGUCCAACAUAUUAUUUGUUGGCUGCAGAAGAUAGCACAAACUGGUGCAUAAUAGUAUUCAGACACUUGUGAGUACUUUACUGCUGUAGAGAAAAAUGGAACGCCAAAGCUGAAUCCGUUAAACAUCAAUAUAAACCACCUAGAAAACGUAACUGUUGUGGCAAAAUCUAAGAUAGUGUAAUCUUUGUAACAAACAACAAACUUUGUUCGAUAGUUAUAGAUGCAAACCUACAAAAAGCCACACUGUAAAAAAAGGCGUGGAUGAAGUGGCUGGUAUAAAAUAUUUCCCAUAUUGUGUUCUUACCAUCUCUAGAAAAUCCCAUUGAUUCCACCUCACAUAACCAUAAUAAAUGAAAAUCGUAAGAAUUUUGUUAGAAACUGUGAAGAAUGCAAAACAAUAACAAACAAACCUCCCCGAAGAAUACACGCAUUGAAAAAAUUAAAAUAGUUAAAUUGACAUAUUAAAAAAUACGAUGCAUUGUUAUUUGUUGAUUAGUUUUAGCUGGUGAGAAAAGUGAAAAUCUCAAUUCACUAGAAAAUGAGAAUAAAAUAUAUCCUAGUCAUGUAUUUAAGUAAUCCCAAUCGCUUAUAUAUACACAUAUAUUUUUGUUUGUCCCUGUUAAUAUAAAAUACUUGGCAUGAAUCUCGCGUCUGUUAAACCUCCAUAUAAGGUGCGAUGCUCAACAUAAAA